AUGUCUGGGCAGGAGAGUGAGGACAUGGGAGCAGAAAGCCUCUCAGAGAAGUCUCGGAUGAUUCCCAGCCUCCCACCCUACGACAUGGAUGACCAACUCCUUCCAAGGGAGCCACGGAGCACCUGGUGCUGCUUGGCAUGGACCCUGCUAAUAGUCACCAUGAACAUCUUGGUCUUUUUCAUGAAUUUGCUCCUGAUGUUUGUUAUCUUCACCAUUGUCCUGCUUCCUACCAUCGUGGUGGUUUACUUUGGCUUCCAGUGCCACUCCAAGGUGCUGCACUCAGCUGCCCACUACUGCAGAAGCUUCUUGGAUGACAGCAGCUCCUCUGCCCUCAUUAUCCUUGGCUUUGUCAUCAUGUCCCCUCUGAUAGUGGCAGCCAUGGCCAUCUACUGCAGCCUGGCCAGGCGCUUCCGACUCUUCAUGUGCCUGCAGCCCUACAGCAGGGCUGUGUACAAGGGGGUGAGGUGGCACUGGUACGAGGAGGGAGGCCUCUGCUGCUGUGCCAGGGGCUGGAACACUCAGGUCAAGGCCUGGGUAUGA